AUGUCAACUUCUCGUGGCCCUAUAACUUGUCAUGUUCUUGACUCUUCACGUGGAAUGCCGGGCAAGAAUAUUCAAAUAAAGUUAGAAGUUAGGGAAACUUCUUCUGAAGUUUCCGACGAAAAUGGAACAGAAACUUGGAAAGUUGUUGGACAAUCAUAUACGAAUGAUGAUGGAAGAUGUCCCAAUUUAGUCCCGGAAAGUUAUAAAAUCGCUUUGAACAACAAUUCAAGUGCUACUUAUCGCAUUACUUUUUAUACAUCAAAAUACUUCGAUAAAUUAGACCAAAAAUCAUUUUAUCCUUAUGUUCAGGUUAUUUUCGAGAUAACUGACCCCAACCAACAUUAUCAUGUUCCUUUGCUGAUCAGUCCUUUCUCUUAUACAACUUAUCGUGGAAGUUAA